AUGGUCUCAAGAAAUUUUCAAGGACUGAUAGUUUUGAGCUUUAUCAAGAAGUGGGUUCGCGACACCUCCUAUUUCAAGGUCGAUUUCGCAGAUAAUUCCAUUUUAAGGCAUAAACUUGAAAUAUUCCUCAGUGGUAUCGAUGGCGUGCCUUCAUUGGCUGAAAACGUAACUGCCAUUCUCCGCUGUCUCCAUGGUGAUCGAGCUAAGGUCGACCAAGUGAUUAGGCAAUGCGCCCCUGAAAAACUUGACCUUGGAUUGGCCCUCACAUUCGAUCGAGUUCGAAUUACUAAUGUUCAUCCUCUUGAAUUGGCUCGACAAGUGACGCUUCAUGAAUGGGAUCUCUACUCACGAAUUGAGUUUAAUGAAGUGAACGGAAGUGAGAAAAACUGGGGUGUCAAUAUGCGGCGCUCAUUGGAUUUCUCAAAUAAGUUCUUGAAAUGGCUCAUUUGGAGUAUAAUGUGCCACCGAGCUCUAGAAGAUCGAGUAAUCGUUCUUCAGCGCGUCCUUGAUCUCCUCAUACUCUUUGAAGCUCUUGGCAAUCUGCAGGGUACUCAAGAGGCUCGAGCCGCUCUACAAACGUCGCCUGUUCAUCGGCUUUCAGAGACCUUCGAUGUGAGUUCGAUUUUUUUGUAUUGUAUGCGCUAUAUCGGAAAAAACUUUCUUACUGAAGUUGACCCUUGUAUUCUACUAUUUGUUACUGUUGUGCCUGAUUCUUGA